AUGUCGGCAUUCCUGAAGGUCGUGUCCAAGAGCCAGAUCGCCUGGAUAUGCAGUCGAUCGUCGUUGGACUCGUACCGGCGUGUGUGCAUCGAGCCGGAGGGGGGCUUCAGCGUGACGGUGGAGGAAGAGCGGCAAAACAACGAGGACUUCGUGGAGUACUGUUGCCCGGAGUUCAUCGCGUUGGGACCCGAUCAGCUGCCGGACUUCCAACCGAGCGUGUCCGACGUCGUCGAGGUGUUUUUCAUGCUUCUUGAGGCCGUAAUCUUCGCCAUGCUACUGCUCUACCUGGAUGGUGGCGGGUUGAGCCGCUUUCAAGAAAACUACGGUCCCACGCAGGCGAAAGCUCACCGCGUAGUACCGGUUCACGCAAUGGUGGAAGAAGACGUGGAGGCCGAGGAGGCUCGCGUACGUAGCCAAGUGCUGGCCAACAACCUGGAAACGGAUCUGGUAGCCAUCCUGGAGUUUUGCAAGGUGUACCGCAAGCGGCUAGUCGUCAACGGCAUCUCGUUGAGCGUCGCCCAGGGCGAGGUGCUGGCCCUCCUGGGAGUGCCCGGCUCCGGGAAGAGCACUCUACUGCGCAUGAUCGCCACUGACGUGGCCCAUGACCGAGGGCGCGCGCUGAUGAAGACGCCGCGAGGAACCAUCACCAUGCACAGCGCACCCGCUCGCUGGCGGGCCGGCCUGGGCUACUGUCCACAGCAAGACGGCCUGCUCGAGCAGCUUACGGGCGCCGAUUCGCUGGCGCUGUUCGCCAGGCUGCGCGGCGUGCCCGAGUCCCGAGUGGGCGCCGUGACGCGGGACAUUGCGCGCCUCAUGGGGCUCGACGCAGUGAUCGGGGACUACGUGGAAACUUACAGCGCUGGCUUGCGGCGACGCCUGUCGGUCGGCAUUGCGUUGGCCGGUCUGCCGCCCCUGGUGCUGCUCGACGAGCCGACGGUCGGCGUGGACGUGGCCGCCCGGAGGAAUAUGUGGGAAUCACUGCGCGGACUCCAGGAUGUGGCUCGCAUAUCGGUGAUCAUGACGACGGGAAGCAUGGAAGAAGUGGAGGACGUGUGCGACCGCUUGGCCAUCAUGAUCGACGGCGAGUUCCAGUGCUUGGGUUCGCUGCCGCGUCUCAAGUCCAAGUUCGCCCAGGGCUACACGAUGGCCGUGAAGUUGCACGAUGAGUACAAGGACGACUACGAGUACCGUAACAAGCUCAUCCGGGCCAUCGCUGACACCUUCCCCAACAGCAAGAUACAGCAGUCGUUCGAGGGCUUUCUGGAAUACCACAUGACAGACAUGGGCCUUCCCUGGAGCGAACUUUUCGCGCAGGCCGAGAUGAUCAAGCACAAGCACAAUGUCCUCGAGUUCUUGAUCAGUGCCACCACUCUGGAUCACGUCUACGCUGCUCUAGCCCGAUGGGAGCGCGGUCGCGCCCGCAUGAUGGCGGCCGCAGCUUCAGAAGGCGUCGACGAAGAAAUUGAAGCCGACCACGACGACUAACUCGAGUCGGAGCUCGUCGGCCGGCUUUAUUCGUGGGUGGUUUAGUGUGCGCGUAAAAAGGGGCUAAUGCGAUGGACCGAGACAAUGUUGCAGGACUGACAGCGAGCACUGGUUCGAACUACAUGUUGUGCCACGCCGCGAAAUCCUAACGCUUCUUCAUUCUGUGCUUGGUACUUUUUUUUCCGCGAGAAUUUUUUUUUUCCUUGUUGGUAUUGUGCUGCGCUGUUCCUGAAACGUGAUACCUGGGUUGAUGCGUCAGUUUAAAUGUUUGCGCAAAAACCUGCGAAGUGGUUUAAUUUAUAUCGAGAUACAAGAAAUACUGACCUGGUUGUUCCU